AAACAAAACUAGUAGCCAAGGCAGACGUCCUCAGAGCUUAUCGCUGAAUCGUCUCUGGUCGGUUUGCCCGUGGUCUGGAGUUCAACUGGUGGCGCAUAGUAGUCAUCUUAUCUCCGGGCGAGCGAAAGAUAACGGCGCCGAUCCCACGGCCAUAAAUAGCCCCCAGCAUCCAUUAACUGAUUCUCAGUUGGGUAGUCGGUGCAGUGCGACCUGCAUGUGUUUCUAGGUCCUCGCUUCCGGAUUUGGAUUAAGGAUUACUCUCCGUUGGAAACCUUCAGCAUGUGCCUGCCAAAGAGAGUGGGUGGUCCGGCCAUCCAGAGUAUUGCCACGGCUUUAGGCAAUAUUAUUUGCUUCAACUUUGGCAUGAUGUUUGGCAUUACCCCUGCGCACAUGGCACUGUAUGAAUCGGAGGAAAGGACUCCCUUGAACGAGGCCACCGAUCCGGCGCGAACCGCCUGGCUAACAGGCUACCUGUUCCUCAGUGCUGCCAUUGGAGCUCUGGUUUCUGGUGUUUUAGCCCUGAAAAUUGGCCCCAAGUCGGUGCUCCUCUGCUCCGGACUGCUUCAAAUCUCCGGUUGGGCCUGCAUCCACUUCGGCUACGAUAUAGUGCACAUCUACGCCUCCCGACUUUUCGCGGGCGUGGCAUCCGGGGCCGCCUUCGUGGUCCUGCCGAUUUUCAUCAACGAGAUUGCGGAGACGCGGGAGAAGGCCGCCAGGCUGACCUUCACCAUCGAGCUGUGGCGCACACUGGGCAUCCUGGUGGGCUUUGUCCUGGGCUUCUACCUGCCCUACGACCUGGUCAACAUUGUGGGAUGCGCGGUGUCCUUCGUCUUCACGAUGACCUUCCCCUUCGUGCAGGAGAGCCCGCACUUCUUCUUACGCAGGAGGAACAUGGCCAGCUUGGAGAAGUCCCUGCGUUGGUACCGCGGCAUCCGGGACAUCGACGACCGCGAGAAGCCCGAGUACCUCAGCGAACUGGCCGAGUUCCAGGCGGAGCUGAAGAGCCAGGACAAGAACGUGGGCUCCACGCCCAUGUCCCAUGGCUACAUCAUCCGGCUGACCUUCGUCAGCUUCCUACUGACAGUCUGCGCCAAGUUGAGCGGUGUUUUCGUGGAGCUCAACUACGCCGCGGACUUCCUCGGUCGCACCGGCUACUCCAUCGAAAUCAACUAUGUCGUCUUAGCCACGGCCCAGUGCAUCGGAGCUCUCUUUGCCCGCCUCAUCGGUCCCCACAUUCCCCGCAAGCUGCUGCUCUGCCUCUCCUCGCUGCUUGCGGCAGUGGCGGUAAUUGUAUUGGCCCUGUUCAAGGUUUACGGGCAGCUUUGGCUCCUGGGAAGCUGGGCAGAUCAGUAUCUGCCCAUUGUGCUGCUGGCCUUUCAACUCGCCUUUGUCAGCUUCGGUCUUUAUCCUCUGGCUGCCGUCGUCAGCAGCGAGGUCCUGCCAACUAAGCUGCACGAUUUGCUGUACUCGCUGGCUUCUGCCGUUGCCUGGUUGCUGCUCUUCGGAAUGAUUGAGGCAUUCAAUGCGGUAAAGGCCUCCAUUGCCCCCGGACUGGUCCUCUACCUGUGGGUAUUUGCCGGGGCCUCCAUAUUCGUGGGCCUGAUUUCGCUGCCCCUUCUGCCGGAAACGCGCAACCGCCGCCCCUCGGCGGUGCAACGCGAACUGGGGUACGUGGACGACGGCGGAGUGGCCAAGGGAUCGGCGGCCACCAACGGCCACAUUUCCACCCACAUCUGAGAUGCUCGAGUGCUCACUCCCCGUAGACUUACCAUCGAUAUUAGUACGAAUUUAGUUUUAAUGCAGCUUAAAAAGAAUAUAAUCACUUAAACGAUAAA